AAUUCGAAUGUUUAUGGGCGGGCUUUGAACUCGCUGAGAGGGAAGUUCAAGCGCCAGAGAAACGUAAACGGUGGUUGUUUUCGCAAAUUGCGUUUGGGAACAUAGUUUUCACAUUCAAACAAUAGUAUUAUUGGAUGAAGUAAACGCCACGAUUAUUAUAUUUACGAGAAAGAAAAAACAAAACAACAACACGCCAUGUCCCACAAGCAGAUUUAUUACUCAGACAAAUAUGACGACGACAAAUUUGAGUACAGGCAUGUCAUGCUUCCUAAGGACAUCGCUAAAAGAGUUCCCAAGACCCAUCUGAUGUCAGAGACAGAAUGGAGGAAUUUGGGUGUUCAGCAGAGUCAAGGAUGGGUACAUUACAUGAUCCAUCAGCCCGAACCACAUAUCUUGCUCUUCCGACGCCCUCUGCCUCAAUCCCAGUGACCCCUGAUCCACAAACUAAAGGAAUUCUGAAAACUAGACGCAAUCUGAAGAUGUCUGAGUCUGAGAGAUGCCGGGUGCACCCUAGAUCAGAUGGUGUCAAUAUCAUUUGUGUGGCUUUUGACUUCUGUGUAUUGACUAAUCUGUGGGUUAGAUUAUCUUCACUGUGUUUGAUCUCUGCCUUAACUGAGAGGUAGAAAUGUGUGCAAUUUCCUGCUGCACCUGUAUUUAUUAUUCCUUAUCAAGCUUGUCUUAUAGCGAUUCUGUAUAUGAGCUUCACUUGAUGCAUUUUUGCUUGGGUGAAUUGAUUCUGAAAGGUCUAGCAGCAUUGGAAAUUGUUUUACAAAGUAUGCAUACUGCUUUAUCAAAAAUAAAUACUUAAUUUUUCUCCCUUUAAAGUAUUAACAAUGCUGUUUGUACCAAUAUCUGUCAACAGUACUAGUAAGCAGCUAAACCUAUUUUACAAUACAAUAAUGUAUAAUACUGUACUCAUGUAUAAUAAAAUUAUUUCAGUUUUACAACAAACCCUGAUUAGAAAGCAAGAAGGUUUACUCCUUAGCAUCUACUAAAAUUGGGGGGUGGGGUAAUAAUGGUCAUUUUAGAUGUCCUUUCGGUUGUAUUUAAUUAUAAAACCCUUUAUAAUGACAGAAACAACAGAAAUUAACCUUCCCAUUAUAAAGUGAUAUUUUUGUAACUUUAUCAAUUGUGUCAUCUUUUGUGACAAUAAAAAAGU